UGACUCUAAUACGAACGACGCCACUAGGGGCGGGGCCAAAGAAGGGCGCAAGCGCACUGCGUUUCGAGUCGAGUCUCGGGACCCUUUUCCGAGAGACCAUGGCGCUCAACAAGAAUCACUCGGAGGGCGGCGGAGUGAUCGUCAACAACACCGAGAGCAUUCUCACGUCCUGUGACCAUGUAGAGCUGACCUUCAGUGACAUGAGGAAUGUGCCCGAGGCCUUCAAAGGCACCAAGAAAGGCACCGUCUACCUUACCCCGUACCGGGUCAUCUUUCUGUCCAAGGGGAAGGACGCCAUGCAGUCCUUCAUGAUGCCCUUCUAUCUGAUGAAGGCCUGUGAGAUCAAGCAGCCUGUGUUUGGGGCCAACUACAUCAAGGGAACAGUGAAGGCCGAAGCAGGAGGUGGCUGGGAAGGCUCUGCGUCCUACAAGUUGACCUUCAUGUCAGGGGGUGCCAUCGAGUUUGGACAGCGGAUGCUCCAGGUGGCAUCGCAAGCCUCCCGAGGUGAAGCCCCCAACGGAGCCUAUGGUUACUCUUACAUGCCAGCGGGCCUAUGUCUUCCCCCGCCAGUCGCCAAUGGACUGUACCCCUGCCCUCCUGGCUACCCCUACCCACCGCCCCCACCCGAGUUCUACCCAGGACCGCCCAUGAUGGACGGGGCCAUGGGAUACGUGCAGCCCCCGCCACCGCCCUACCCCGGGCCCAUGGAGCCUCCGGUCAGCGGCCCCGACGUCCCCUCCACUCCUGCAGCCGAAGCCAAGGCCGCGGAAGCAGCCGCCAGCGCCUAUUACAACCCGGGCAACCCUCACAACGUCUACAUGCCCACGAACCAGCCUCCGCCACCCCCCUACUACCCCCCGGAAGAUAAGAAGACCCAGUAGGCCCUCCCACCCUCCUCCCCUCCCCUCGGGGCUGAGUCUGGGGAGGGGGUGGGGGAGGGCCUCGUCCUUCCUCCGGGUUUGAAUAGAAACGUUACCAGGAAGCAGCCUUGAGGGAGGGGAAGGGCCCCCCAAUGCGGGAGGCUCCCGGCUUCCCUUUCCCCAUCCCGGGGCGGGGGCGCCCCCUGGCUCCUGUCCUGCUCUAAGCAGCGUCUACCCACGGAGGGACUCUCUGGCCACCUCCUCCGCCACAGUCCAGCGCCCUCGUUUUGGCAGCCACCUUAUCCGCCGGCGGGGGGCGGGGGGGGGUGCGGCGGCGAGGGCCCCCGGGGCCCCCCCAGGCCCUGCUCACAUUCCAUCCCCUCCCGCCUGAGCCUGGCGGUGGAAGGCCCCCUUCCCACCGACUGACUGUCAGCCUACAUUCCGUUCCCGGCCGGCCUCGGCCCCCGCUCCGCUUGCCUGCCCUUCCCUGGCCCGUCAUUGUCGUUGGUCAUCCUGUUGCCACGGGCUCUUGAUCUUCGGAGCUUUCCGGUGGCGGGUGGCAUCUGGGCAGGGCCGCUGCGGCUGGGGAGGGACACCCCCCCCCCCCGACUUCCCUGCUAGUUUUCUGGAAUUCGUUUCCUUUGGCUUUUUCUGUUUUCCCUCUAGAAGGGGCUUCUCCGACUCGAACUGCAGAAUGCAUGUCCAUUGGGGGCUCUGGGUGGGCUGGGGACCAGGCACCUGACCCCUGUGGCCUGGCCUUAUCACCGACACGACCUCUCGCCAGCCACUCAGCCUGCCCUCUUCCCUUUAAACUUCAUGUCUGGUUGGCAUAUGCCCCUUGGAUGCACUAAAAUUGCUCUUAUUUGCUUCUGGACUGGCCAUGAAGUGAGGAGAUGGUUAUUUAAAGAGAAUUCCGUAUUUAUUUGACACACACAAAAAAAUCCAGUUAAUAUAUUAAUGUGAAAUAAACCCUGUUUGCACCUUGAUCUGUCUGCUGAAAAUGUGAACUAGUAAACACGAAGUGACUGGA